AUGUUACUUUUUCUUUGUAAAUCUUUCUUUCUCUCUUGCUUCUUUACUUUUUCUUUCUUUCUUUCUUUCUUUCUUUCUUUCUUUCUUUCUUUCUUUCUUUGUCUCAUUCCUUUUUUUCUAAAUUUUGAAUUUCUCUUUUUCUUUUCUGAACUUACUCUUUUUCUUCUUUUCAUUCUUUCUUCCAUUUGUAAAUUUUCCACUGUUUCUUUUUCUUUUGAAAUUGUACUUCUUCAUCUUUCUUUAGUUUCUCUCUCUUUCUCUCUCUCUCUCUCUCUCUCUCUCUCUCUUUCUUUCUUUCUCACUUUCUUUCUUUGUUCUAAAUUUUCCAGUUUCUCUUUUUCUUUUCAAAAUUUACUUUUUCUAUUCUUUCUUUCUUCCUUCCUUCCUUACUUUCUUUCUCAAUUUCAGUUUUUCUUUUUCUUUUUAAAUCUUCCUUCCUUUGUUUCUUUCUUUCUUUGUUUCUUUUUAAAUUUUCCAGGUUUAUUUUUUCUUUCUUAA